GUGAUAAUAAGGAUAUUUAUUUCGACAAAUGAUAUUGGAAACAACAUUCUAUUCUGUGCAUAAGUAUGUUAGCUAGGAAAAUGAAUGUGCUUUCUAAAUAAAUGCCUUAGCUCGCGUCACACUGUAAAAGAGCCCGCGGUCUUGAGGGUUAAAGUAGGAGGCUGUUGUCACUGCUGUAAACUACAACUUCCAGAGUGCAGUUCGAGUGUCACCAUUCGUCCUUCCGCUGUGUAGGAGAAGUCUCUCGAAGUGACAUGGCGCUCUCCCAGACUGUGUACAAUUUGCUCUUCAGGAGGACAUCUACGUUCGCCAUCACCAUAAUGGUGGGAGCCGUGCUCUUUGAACGAGUCUUCGACCAAGCUGGAAACGCGGUGUUCGAGCAGCUGAACCGCGGGAAACUGUGGAAGCACAUUAAACACAACUACGAAAGUAAGGACGAGUGAAGCGCGAGCCCGGCGGGCCGAUGCCGAAGCCGGCGGUGACCUCGAGUCCGGCAUCACGUGACCAAGAACCACCAGCAGGUCGAGAGGCGCCGGACGGGAUAGUCGCCGGGACCGGAAGUACGGGGCCCAGCGCCCCUAAGACUCGAACACAUGUCCUACUGUAUGGCUCGCAGUGACUGAGUAACGUUCUCUCCUUGACCCGUGAACACGAAUCCCGUUCCUUCCUGCGGAAAUAAAAAAAAAAAAAAAAAAAAAAAAAAAAAAAAAAAGAGCUAUAAAAUUGUGAUCCUCUGCAUAAGUGGGGAAUUUAAUAAAAACACGUGUUGUUUUCUCAAACUCUCCUCGGUCUCAUUGCCCCUCUUGUCAAAGUUAUUUACCUUAACUGAACGAUCAACUAGUUGUGUUUUUGUGCUGCCUGCUGCUGUCACUUUUUCUCACCCGAAUGAUGGAGCAGUUCAUUUUGCAUGGUUUGAAUAUAAAUAUAUAAAAAGUG